CACCCCUAUUUUCAAUCUGUCAAUCUACGCCACGAGGCGUGCCCAGCCUAAUCCCGGCCGAAUAAAAGUGACCCCUCGGGACCCUUCCCGUCAUCAUCGCCUACUCAUCCGUCCAUUCUUCACGCAAGCCGAGCAGCACGUUUUUGGAGAUGAAUCUGGACGCGCCCAAAGCUGAGAUCAAGUCGGCAACGCGGGUCAGCGGGGGGCCCGCCACCCCACGUAAAGGCCCCCCCAAGUUCAAGCAGAGGCAGACUCGCCAGUUCAAGAGCAAGCCCCCCAAGAAGGGAGUGCAGGGAUUCGGUGACGACAUCCCGGGAAUGGAAGGCUUGGGAACCGACAUCACGGUGAUUUGCCCGUGGGAGGCCUUCAAUCAUCUGGAGCUGCACGAAUUGGCGCAGUAUGGAAUCAUCUGAGGCGCCCAAACUCAUCAACCCUCAGCUGGAACAAGCACAGCAAAAAUAUAAACGGAAUAAGACAUCUUUUUGUUUUGUAAUCUUGUUUUUGUUAUAUUAUUAUUACUUACGCGUCAGCGAUACUUUUGUCGAUUUUUCUGAUGGAGCUGACGGUUUUCUUGUCCUCUCUGCAGUAGGAAAAAAUAAAAA